UCACAUUUACGCAUUCAAAAAAGAAAGAAGUGCCUGAAGAGAGAGAGAGAGAGAGAGAGUGAGUGAGUGAGUGAGAAGGUGAGGGGGAGGGAUAACCAAAAACGCAACACGUAUCCGGUGGGAUCCCACUCCUGAGAGAGAGAGAGAGAGAGAGGGAGGGAGAGAAAGAGAGAGAGAGAGCAGCGGCAGGAGUUGGAGCCUAGGGUGCGAAUAAAGCGAGAAGGGAAGACUAAGAGAAGGAGGGAGGAAACAUUAUUUUGGACAUUUCGCUCGCAACGACGCGGUUUUCAAUUAACACAGAGGAAUAAUGAGGAACGUGUGGAUACUUUUGACCCUCGGGCUGGCCGUCUUCCUCUCCGGGGAGCGGAUAGCAGACGCAGCCAAGACCUCUCAGGUGGACGACUUGUACCUGGACGACGCAGGAUCAGGAGGGUACUACCCCGAAGACGACGAUGACUUCAACUCAGGGUCUGGCUCAGGUGGCGGUGAAGAGGUGGUGGUGGUGGAGGAGGCGGUGACUGUCAGCAUGGUUUACAUCCAGCCCAAAGCGGCGGUACCCACCCAGGACGCCACCAAAGAUUUCACGCCCAGGGUGGAGGAGGCCACGGUCCGAGAAAAGGCCAAGGAGAAGGAGAGCACGCCCAGGAAACCCGUCAGAACAGAGGCCCUGGUGCCGGUCACUGAGGACAUGCAGAGGAACCAGGUGACCAGUACGACGAGUGCCCCCGGCUCCCCCCAGGAGCCCAUCGAGGUCCGCACUGAGAACCUCUUCCAGCGGACGGAGGUGUUGGCAGCUGUGAUUGCAGGCGGCGUGAUCGGCUUCCUGUUCGCCAUCUUCCUCAUCCUCCUCCUGGUGUACCGCAUGAGGAAGAAGGACGAGGGCAGCUACGACCUGGGGGAGAGGAAAGCCUCCGGCUCCGCCUACCAGAAGGCCCCCACCAAGGAGUUCUAUGCAUAAAAGCAUCGCGCCCGUCGGAUCGGCCAAUCGCGAGUGACCGUGAAACAUCGCCACGGCAACGGAGGAACAACGACAAAAUGUUUUUUUCAAGUUGAUUAAGGGGAAAAAAUAAAAUAGCAUAAAGGAAAAGCUUUUGCAUAGAGUAUUGUAAUUAAGACCUUUUCUUUCUUCUUUAAAAACGGAAAAAAACGUGAAAAAAGGAAAACCAAGCAUUUCUCAUUCUAUGGCGAAUCUCAGUGUAUUUAAACAUUUUGUGUAUUAUUUUUGAAAAGGCUGAAAAAAUUGAAAAAACGGGAUCCGUAACGGCGAGGAAACCCUUGGCAUCCGUCUUCUGAGCGGUUUCUGGUCGCUGACCACGUCUAACUGUAGCCGUAUGUUACCUGUAAAGAAAAAACAAACAAUUUAAAAGUGGAAAUAAUUGAAUAUAAUUAUUCUGUCUCAACCCUACUUUCAUUUUUUAUUUGUAUUUUUGUCCUAGCAUGUCUGUUGUUGAUCUCUAAAGGUGUAUUACAUUAAUUUAUCUUUUUUCUCUGAUGUAAAAAAAAAAAAAAAGAAGCCUUUUUUGUAGUUUUGAUGAAGCUCUCCGGUCUUCAUAUUAACGCUGGUAACGGUCGGUGCAAAUGUUCCCUUCAGGUUACAAUGUUUAUUAUUUGCUCUGGCGUCAGUUUCCUCGUCAGCGCUUCAUUAUACCCCGUUUAUCUGUUUGUUCUCUUCUCAUUGUAGCCUUUUUCCUCUCCUUUUUGUUUUCGACAGCGUUUUUUUAUUGACACACCAGGAACAGGUCUUAAAAAGCGAAGAAAUAAAACAGGGGAGAAAAGAUAAGCGCGUCAGGGCUGGAGAAGAAGAAAAACAAAACCACACAUUUUCGCUUUUCUGUUUGAUUUGUAGCCGAACUUCUCUUCUAUUUAAACGCGUUUCUUUUCUUCUCCUCCACGUUGCACAUUCGCUGCUUUCUGCUUCCUCUCCGCGGAUUUAGGUCCUUUUUAGCCCACCGGCCCCUCCCCCCUCCCCCACAUGUGCCCCCUUGAGUUUAGUGACCCAAACUCUGCUUGCACCCUCUCUAACCCCCCCCCCCACUCCCUCGCUCUUCUUAAUCAGAUCGGAGCACGGUCAGUCGAGUUGUCAACUCUCUCUCUCUCUUUCUGUUUUGUUUUUUACUCAACGGGGGCCACAAGCGCAGCCGGGCUGUUUAUAGUCCCCGUCCCGGUGUUGAUGCUCGAGGCCCUCUUUAAGAUCUGCUCAGCCUGAAGGCCCCCGCUACUGCACCGGCCCCCCACAUGCAGAGCACAUACCUCUGCAGCAAACAUCCCCUCCCCCGGUAGGAACCCAUCUUCUCUCGGAGGGAUUGAUAAACCCGGAGAGUCUACGGCUCCAGUGUUGCUCGUGAACGCUCUGUCGGCGAGACGCUCGCGCUGAGGGCCACUCGGCGUUUGUGCGGUCGGUGGAGGCGUCUCAGAAGAGCCCCCCCCGCCUCUCCCGUUGAGAGAGGACGCUGUUCGCCGGGUCUAAAAGCGGAGCGUGGAGCCCAGCGGAGCUGCACCCAAUGGGAACGCGGCUCGCGGCCACGUGACCUCCUCUUCUUCUUUUCUUACGUUACGUCGACACAAACUCGCGGGAGUUUUGUUUCGCGAAGUUGCCUUUUUAUUUGUCUUCUUUGUUUCGCUGUCCAUGUGAAGUAGAUCCAGCUUCACACGGUCCGAACUCCUAACACCGCCCACCACAAGCUGUACGUCCGCCAUCCUUCACGGUUCUCUCAAUCUGCCCCCGGGCCCGAUGUUGACCCUCUUCGCCCGCUCUCGUCAUAAAGCGCCUCUCGGUCCUGAACUAUACUGAACAACCCAAAGACUCACAGUAUUUCUACUCUCAGACCACCCCCCCCCCCUCCACCAGGCCACAUCAUGUUGUUUCCUCGUUCUCUCUUUUCUCGUCACUCAUUUAGUUUCUUUUCUUUUCUCUCUUCUCUCGUUUAGAGACCUGACCUUUUGAGUCCGACUGCUUAUUGGUAUAUGAAAAGAUAUAUAAAUAUAUAUAAAUGUAUAUUCACAAAUGUUUUAAACCUUCAAAGUGCCUACCAUUUGGACAUGUAGUAGCUGGAGGUGAGCGCGAGGCGGCUGCGCACACGACGGAGGGGUGUGAACGACUUGGCUGGCAUUCUGUGAGCACGGAUGACUGUAAUGGUAACUUUUUUUUAGUCUUACAAAAGCUGACAGUAUUGUACCUAUAAGUUGAAACAACACUACUGAAUAAACAUUGUGGCCUAAUAUCCAA